AUGGACUUAAGUAUCAAGAAUAAUAAGUCCAGGAUUCUCUGGGCCACUCGCCUUUCUUCUGUAGAAGAGGUUGGAAAAUCUAGGCUUCGGAUAUUUAUAAUCUAUCAACUGUUCUGUAUAAAUCAGAAGUUUCACACUGAUGGAGUUUACAUUUUUGAUGAUCUCGACGACUUGAAAGAAAUUUCAGGCACUGCUGAAGGUCAGUCAGAGAAGAAGCCAUCGCCCGGUACAGCCCAUCAAUCAUCACCGUUUCCACGGGCAUCGCCGGACCUCAAACGAAAUCAAGUAGGAUUCCCGGCUCCCAUUGCUCAGGACUCGCUGAUGACCGUCAACAAAACCGGAGAUUUACAACCAGCUGGUAGUUUAGAAAAGCUGAAGCUCGAAGUGGAUUCUAUUCCGAUUGGGCCAAAAGUUAUUGGCCAGCACGAAAUCAAGAUUUCGGAGAAAACUUCCGAUAAACCAGACAAUGAGUUCGUUGAUUUUCCAUUCCAAUAUAAUCCUCAAGCAGUGGUGCAUCCAAAUAAGGAAAAUUUAUCAUAA